AGAUCUGGGCGGGCUGCAGGCUGUCGGGCCAAGGAAGGUAUUGGAUGUACUGGACGCCUGCCUUCGGCUGAGCAGAGACAGAGACCUCCGGGUCUACUACCUGAGACCUGCCUUGACAGCUUUCUCGGAUGGCCAGGCCCAGAGAAGCCACCGGUGAUAGUUCUGUCUUGCUCGAGCCAAAAUGCGAGGUCCAGAAUGGUCGGUAAGGGUGACUAAGGCAUGCGACACUGGACAUGGCACCUGCAGUUGGAUGCGAGUGGCCGUCGGAGUCGGCUCCAAGUUGCGCACCAGGCAUUGCUGCCCAAGGAAUCCCGUAAUGCGCAUACUACUCAGAGUCUGGACACCAGCUCCCCAACUCCGCAUUCAUGCAACUAUCCGAUACGAGCCAAGACCCAACCACAACACGUAAGGCACCUCCUAGCGUGGGCCAGCACUCCGAAGCUGGUUAGUUCCAUACGGAAUAAUAGUCUGUACACUAUCCGUCCUAGGUGCAUUAGUUUACUUAAGCAUUUGUGGAGAGAAUCGAGAUCUGCUCAGUGGAUCGUUUCCUGUGGAGCAAGCGAACUACAGAGAGCGGGCGGAUACCCACCACCCUCGCCGCCGUCGUCGUCGUCGCGCCGACGCCGUCGCGUUGUCGCCGCUUUCUCUCACUGUUGUUGCCGCCAUCGUCAUCUUUACUUGCUCGCCCAGGGGGAAGAUUUCGGGAAUGUCCAUUCCCGUUGGUCAGACGUUGGACUUUUAGCACACUCGCACUCGAGCGCUGUGGAGAUUGGCUGUCCUAGCUUGCCUGUCCAUGGGUCACACGGGCACAGGCACAGGCACACACGCACCCACAUGAAGCCCAUGUCAGUCCGAAUUUUGGGCCGGGAAGUUUAUGAGGUCAUGGAAGCCGCGACAACCCGAGAUGGCGGUGCGUCACGGGUCGAGAGCCGGGCGCAAGCCAGAGAGAAGAUGAGAAAAGAAGGUGCAGGAUAAUCUUGUCCCCCUGUCGCCCGCCCCUCGCUGCCUGUGGUUGUGGUUGUGGUGUGGUCACUGGGGCUGGGUGACUGACUGCGCGCCUGUUU